CCCCCGUCCUGGGCAUGCGCAGCGGAGCGCUCGGAAGCUGCGACGCCGAGUUUCACUCGGGGUGUCUUCUCAGAGUCGGAGCCACAGCCGGAUCCCUGCCCAGGCCGAGCCGGAGCUGCAUCCCCAGCUCCGCGGUGCCCUCAGUCAGUUCCCCCGCCCUCCUCAGCCUCGGUGCCUUGGAAUUUGUGUCGCUGAGUCAGCAAGCCUUUCAGAUUCGCCCGGUUUUUGUUGUUUGCAUUUUAUAUCAAGAUGGGAACUUAAACAAGUCAUUCCUCCUAAGGAUCUGGUGUCUCCAUCAAGAAGGGGCAGUUUAUGCCAGCUCUCCAGAGGGAAAAGGUCUGCUGGAGGUGCUGGGCAAUGAACCUGAGACUGCAGCCCAGAGUGGUCUGAAGCCAUUUGGGAAAGCAGAAAGAAUCCUGGGGAAGAUGGCCAUGGCUCCAGGCCCUUCCCUGGCACAGGUGUACACCAGCCCUGUGGCAGUGGCUGUGUGGGAAUGGCAGGACGGGCUGGGAACCUGGCACCCCUACAGUGCCACUGUCUGCAGCUACAUCGAACAGCAGUUUGUCCAGCAGAAGGGCCAGCGCUUUGGGCUAGGGAGCUUGGCCCACAGUAUCCCCUUAGGCCAGGCUGACCCUUCAUUGGCCCCUUACAUCAUCGACCUCCCCAGCUGGACCCAGUUCCGCCAGGACACUGGCACCAUGCGGGCUGUGCGGAGGCAUCUGUUCCCUCAGCAUUCAGCCCCUGGCCGGGGCAUUGUCUGGGAGUGGCUGAGUGAUGAUGGCACCUGGACAGCCUAUGAAGCCAGCGUCUGUGACUAUCUGGAGCAGCAGGUGGCCAGGGGCAACCAGCUUGUGGACUUGGCUCCCCUGGGGUACAACUACACAGUCAACUACACCACCCACACACAAAUCAACAAGACUUCCAGCUUCCGUCGUAGUGUGCGGCGCCAAGCAGGGCCCCCUUACCCCGUGACCACCAUCAUUGCUCCGCCAGGCCACACUGGAGUUGCCUGCUCUUGCCACCAGUGCCUCAACGGCAGCGGAACUGGCCCUGUGUCAGGCCGCUACCGCCACUCCAUGACCAACCUCCCUGCAUACCCUGUCCCUCAGCCCCCCCACAGGACCGCCAUUGUCUUUGGGGCCCACCAGGCCUUUGCGCCAUACAACAAACCCUCGCUCUCUGGGGCUAGGUCUGCACCCAGGCUGAACGCCACCAACCCCUGGGGCGGGGCACCUUCCGCCCUGGGGAACCAGGCCCUCUACCGAUCCAGCCUCUCUCACCUGGGACCACAGCACCUGCCCCCAGGAUCAUCCACCUCCAGUGGAGCAAGUGCCUCCUUCCCCAGAGGUCCCUCGAGCAGCCCUGGGAGUGUCCCGGCCACUGUGCCCGUGCAGAUGCCAAAGCCCAGCAGGGUCCAGCAAGCGCUCGCAGGCAUGACGAGUAUUCUGAUGUCAGCCAUUGGACUCCCUGUGUGUCUUAGCCGCGCACCCCAGCCCGCCAGCCCUCCCGCCUCCUGUCUGGCCUCUAAAAGUCACAGCUCAGUUAAGAGAUUGAGGAAAAUGUCCGUGAAAGGAGGGACUCCAAAGCCAGAGCCAGAGCAGGUGAUAAAAAACUACACUGAAGAGCUGAAAACACCCCCAGAUGAGGACUGCAUCAUCUGUAUGGAGAAACUGUCCAUGAUGUCUGGGUACAGCGACGUGACUGACAGCAGGACCAUUGGGCCCGUGGCUGUGGGCCGCCUUGCCAAGUGCAGCCAUGCCUUCCACCUGCUGUGCCUGCUGGCCAUGUACUGCAAUGGGAACAAGGAUGGAAGUAUGCAGUGUCCUUCCUGCAAAACCAUCUACGGAGAGAAAACAGGGACCCAGCCCCAGGGGAAGAUGGAGGUGUUCAGGUUCCAGAUGUCACUCCCCGGCCAUGAGGACUGCGGGACGAUACUGAUAGUUUACAGCAUUCCUCACGGCAUCCAGGGCCCUGAGCACCCCAACCCUGGGAAGCCAUUCACCGCCAGAGGGUUCCCCCGCCAGUGCUACCUUCCAGACAACGCCCAGGGCCGCAAGGUCCUGGAGCUCCUGAAGGUGGCCUGGAAAAGGCGACUUAUCUUCACAGUUGGGACGUCCAGCACCACGGGCGAGACUGACACUGUGGUGUGGAAUGAGAUCCACCACAAGACAGAGAUGGACCGCAAUGUGACUGGCCACGGCUACCCUGACCCCAACUACCUGCAGAAUGUGCUGGCCGAGCUGGCUGCCCAGGGGGUGACAGAGGAUUGCCUGGAGCAGCAGUGACCUGCCAGCCUCGCCACACUUGCCUUUGCAGCCACCUCAUUCCCCCAUCGCUGGCAGGGGUACCGCUGGGAUGGUCAGGCAGGCAAGAAGGUGCCUUUCCCGAGAGGCUGGGGUGUUUGUCAGUGCAUUCCAUCAGAGGCUGGGGCUUCUCCUGCCUGCCUUUCCCUGCUUCCUCCUCCCCUCCAGGCAUGGAUGUGCCUGGGAGUUGGGCAACCCUGGGGAGUUGUACCUGUGGGGGCUUACGAUGCAGCUACCUCAGUGCACGGGGCCCUUCUGUCCUCCACAGGGCGCUUUGGGCCCUCAGUGUCCAGGGCCUGGUGUGGGGUGAGUGAAGACUGCUCCACCCCAGCCAGGGCAGCCGUGGGCUCUGGGUCAGCUUCUCAUACCUCAGAUUUUGUUUGCAAUAAAUGCUCUACAGCCAAAG